AUGACAUGCUUAGAGGAGGAGCAAGGGCAGUCCGAUGACUUGAACUCCAAGGACGGCAAGAGCCCCGACGAGGGCCAGAACGACGAGAAAGAUCCGACCGUGGAGAACAACAUCAAAGCCGCAGAGGUGGAUGAGAUCAAGAGUUUCAAGUGCAAAGAGAAGGAGCAAAGGGACGACGAAGCCAGCACCGUGGAGAGCGAGCGCAUCUAUGAGGAGGUCACGGAAACCUCCCUUUGGCUCGACGUGAAGCCGGGCCUUGACAAGUUGGAUCCGACCAAAGCCUCCGUUCUGGAGCAGGUCAGCGCGCUCGGAGAUGACAUCUUCGGAGAUGACCCUUUGGUGGGCUGCUCCAAGCGCGGCGGCUGGCGAAUGCACCUGGCAGUUGGCCAGGUGGCAGAAAAGACCACGCUGUUGGGCUUCAUUGUAUGGCGUAUCAAGCCGGAGCGGAACAUGCUCAUCGUGUCGCAGUUGGCUGUUCCCGAGCAGUUUCGGCGACAUGGCUUCGGGAAGAUGCUGGUGGAAUUGCUCAUCGCAGAAGCGAAGCGCCUGCCCCAAGUGUACACCGUGAGCCUCUCCUCACUGCCUGGGUCGGUGAAGUUCUACAAACGUCUCGGCUUCAAGCAGGUCCAGCGUCUUCCGGACGUGGAGGGAAAGAAGGAGGGCCAGGUCUUCAUGCAACUGAAGACACCCACAAAGAAGAAGAAAUGA